AGUUAGGUCUACCUCUAUCCCGCAUAUAAUAUCAUCAUUAUCCAAACCGCGUGUUAGAAGCUCAGCUUACUAUAAUCCUUGUAUGUCAAUGUCGGAUGCCCACAUGCACAUGUUUUCUUAAUAGUGGAGCACAGAGGCUAGAUGGUACGUUACUAGAUGUGAAAAAAAGUUUCGAGAAUCUUAUUGUAAUCCAAGCUUUCAAAAACGAUCGCAUAACUUUCUGAUGAAGUUUACGACAGUCUUUAGCUUAGCAUUAUUGGUUUGCCAUUGCAAAUAGGGCAUAUCUCCAGAUAUUCUCAAAGCGUGACCCACUUUGAUUCUCGACAAGCAGGUCCAUUUUCAAUUAAAUAAACAGUUACUAUUACCAUUUAUCAGAUCAUAAAAAAACAACACCAAAGAAAUAAAAACAACAUUUACUACGUCCAAACCCCACAAAAACCAGACUGCUUUCCAUCUUCAUGUGAUUUCUUUCAUUUUCUUCACAGACAGUACCAUUCUCUGAAAUCAAACCAUUGAAAUGUCAGGUGGAGGUUUAACAAUUCUUGAUGGAACUCAAUUAAGAAGCAUCAAUCCAGUUUUACCAAAUACAACAGACGCCAUUAUUUCAGGAGCUGAGCUUGUUAAGAUCGCUGAUGAUCAAAUUUCUUCAUCAUUUUAUAAUUUUUCAUUACCUGAAUACAUCAAAUCAAAUGCGGUUAAACGUAUCAAUCUUGAUUCUGUUGCUCAACUUGAUAAACAACAAGCUGAGUCUAAACUUUGUGAAUACAUUCUUGCUAUUGCUGAUGAAUUGAAAGAUGAUCCAGUGAUUGUAUCGGUUUUGGAUGGGAAGUCUCUUUGUAUAUUCUUGGAAGAUGAAGAUGAUUUUGCAAUGUUAGCAGAGAAUUUGUUUACAGAUUUAGAUGUUGAGGAUACAGGAAAGAUUACUAAGAGUGAGACAAGAAAUGCUUUACUUCAUAUGGGUGUUGAAAUGGGGGUUCCUCCUUUCUCAGAAUUCACUCAUAUAAAUGACAUCUUAAAGAAACACGGGGCUGAGGGGGAUGAAGAGUUAGGUCAGGCACAAUUUGCAGAGCUACUUCAGCUUGUUCUACAAGACCUAGCUGAUGCAUUGGCUGAAAAACCUAUCGUGAUUAUCCAAAAUGUCAAGAUUAUCAAUGGUUCUAAGCUACGAAAGUUUUUUGUUGAUGAGAAGCAGUUGAACAAUUUGAUAGAGAAAAUAUCCCAAGAUAUAGAUGUUGGCAAAGAUAAAAAAAGGUGUAUGGAGAAAACAAGGAAAUUCCUCGAGGAAAACGGGUCGCAAAUUGGUCUUCCAUCAACAGAAGCCAAUGAAUCUGUGGUUCAUCUUUUUGAUCAGGUAUUUUCUGAUGUUGACAAGAAUGGCAAGAGUGACAAUGAAUUAGGGAAUGAUGACUUUGGAGCACUUGUGAUAGAAAUUCUUGAGAAUUUCGCCCAGCAACUUGAUACAAAUCCUGUCUUUCAUGGUCUAGAUUGCUGAUGCCGAUUGGUAUGUAGUUGAUGUCAUUUGAUGGACCACUAUUUUCUACACUUUAUCGUAUAUGUUAUAUUUAUGAUUUCUCUGUCUACGCGGCCCUUUUAGGUGUACUAUAUGGGCGCCCCUACUAUAUAUUGAAAUAUCAGAACAAACAGUUUAAUGCUUAUACUAUAUAAUGGCGCUUAAGGUGGUAUAAACCUUGACAAACUGCU